AUGGAUGUCAUUGAAAAGGUAGAAGGCCCUACGCCACGGACAAGCCCGAUUGUAGUCGUCCCUAAGAAAGCUGGUGAUCUAGGAGAGAGUGGUGCCAAGGUCAAUAGAGAAAAAUGUGUGUUCUCCACAAAUGAACCGACUUUCUUUGGACAUGUGUUUGGUGCAAAUGGUGUCUCAGCUGAUCCCAACAAGAUUAAGACCAUUAUCAACACAGCUCCUCCAGAGAAUAUCAGCGAAGUCCGUUCCUUCCUAGGAAUGACGCAGUAUAUUGCGAGGUUCAUGUCUGAUUACGCAACCAUGACUGAGCCCCUCAGGAAGCUCACCAGACAAGGCAUCGCAUGGAAAUGGUCACAAACAGAACAACCAGCUUUUGACAAGCUGAAGCAAUCUCUGACGCAAACGCCAGUCACGGCUUACUUCGACUCUAAGGAAGAAACUACAGUUUUGGUUGAUCAAGUCCUGUUGGUCUAG